AUGGCCAUCAACGUCGAGGACUACAACGUGAUCAAGGAGGGCAAAGCCCUGGUUCUUGUGCCGAAGCAGGAGACGGUUUUCUACAACCACAUCCAGCAAUUCAACAGAGAUCUCUCUGUUAUGGCAGUGAGAGCUUGGUUGGACCAGCAUAAUGAGACCAGGCUGAAGAAGAGAAAGAUUGACGAGAACGGAGAAACCAAGGCUGUCGAAGACAAGAAGUUUGUUCGUAUUCUCGAAGCUCUCUCAGCCUCAGGGCUCAGAGCAUUACGGUACGGUCAUGAAGUGCCCCAAGUAUCCAAAAUCAUCGCCAACGACUUGCUUCCAGCUGCUGUUGAAUCCAUCAACCGUUCGGCCGAGUACAAUGACCUUCUGAAGUUGGUCCAGGGCCACGAAGGCGACGCUAUAGCGUACAUGGGCUCGAUCCCUGAAAAAGACAGAUUCCAUGCUGUGGACUUGGAUCCAUACGGAACAGCAGCGCCAUUCUUGGAAAACGCCGUGAGAGCCGUAUUGGACGACGGUUUGCUCAUGGUCACAUGCACGGAUGCUGGUGUUCUCGCUGGUAACGGGUACCCAGAGAAGUGCUAUGCUUUAUACGGAGGUAGUAACUUCGGCAACACCAGCUUUGGUCUGGACACCAACCACGAGGCUGGUCUUCGACUUAUGCUUUCCACCAUUGCCAGCGUGGCCGCUAAGCACAAAAAAGCCAUUGAGCCUGUGCUCAGUUUGAGCAUCGACUACUACUUCAGAGUGUUCGUGAGAGUCAAGACCAGUCCAGCCAAGGUCAAGCAAUUGGCCUCGACCAUGAUGAUGAUCCACCAUUGCAUUGGCUGUGGCUACCGUGUUGAGCAGAGAAUGGGCCGCAACACAGGAGGUAAGUUUCAAACCCCAAAGGCAGCUUCUGUGGGUCCUAAUUGUCCAUGCUGCAACAGUCCUUUCCACGUUGCUGGGCCUAUGUGGGGAGGCAACCUCCACAAUCACGAGUUUAUCGAUAAGGUGCUAGAAAUCAAUUCCAGUGCAGACAAGCAGGUGUACGGCACCACUGAGCGUAUCAAGGGUAUGCUCAUGUUAGCCAAGCAGGAGCUCGAGACGCCGUUCUAUUUCAGUCUAGGCCGUCUACCCAGCUUAUUUAGAGCAUCCACGAUCCCAAUUACAGAAUUCACUCGUGCUGUGGGCAAUUUGGGCCACGAUGUGUCGCUCACGCAUGCCAAAGCCAAUGCCAUCAAGACCACCGCUCCGUGGGAAGACAUUCUUUUAAUUGCGGCCAGGUGGCUACGUAAGGGCAACGAAAAGAGACUCGAGGAGCUCAAGGCCAGCUUGGACAAUGCCAAAAACGAGGAAAAGAGGAAACAGAAGGAGGAGACCAUCAAGCAGCUUGAAGCCAACCCCAACGGCAGCUCGAGUCUCAGCGAGACGCUGGCAGGGUACAGAGCGCUCCAGAAGCUUGAAGAUGACAAGAGAGAGGUCGAUUUUGACACCAACAACGAGGUGAGCGAUAAGAUCCACAGGCUCCGGAAAAUCAAGAUGUUGCGGUACCAGGAGAGCCCGGCCAACUGGGGUCCCAAGGCACGUCCUGGCAAGAAGCAAAAGACAGACAAGCAGGAAGACAAGAAGGAGGAGGAGGAAAAAGAGUAG